AGUCAUAACAAAGUAAAUAUGCAGGAAGCAAGAAGUAUUUAUCCUCCCACCAAUGCGGAUUCCUACUCAAAUUUGGUUGGCUUUGUUUUCAUAUUCAAUUUGAUUGUUGGAACGGGCGCGUUAACGCUGCCCGCUGCCUUCGCUAAGGCUGGUUGGUGUCUGAGUCUGUUGUUGCUGCUGCUGCUCGCCGUUAUUAGCUAUAUAACGGUGACAUAUGUCAUUGAGGCGAUGGCCUGUGCAAAUGCCAUCAAAAGUUGGCAGAAUUUGCAAGCGCUGCGACACAGGCGAUAUUCAUCGGAAUCGCAGGAAGAACAACAGUUUGCCAACACUGACAGUGAAACGGUGCCGUUGACAAUACAACAACAGAGUGGUGAAUUUCAUUAUUAUCAGCUCACGCACAAAUUUGAGUUGGGCGAAAUGGCAACAAUGUUUUUCAAUGAUUUUGGACGGAUUUUAUUCUAUUUGUGCUUCAUUAUCUAUUUGUAUGGCGAUUUGACAAUCUAUUCGGCAGCAGUGACGAGAAGUUUACGCGAUGUUAUCUGCGAUUACGGGCACAAAAAUAUUUCAAUUUUGUCAACUUUGGAGACGCGUUCGAUAUAUUUGCCUGGAGAUUUUGAGAGUAAUAACAAUCGUGCCUGUUGGCCACAGUCAGAAACAACAAUAUCGCGGAAAAUGAUUUACAGACUGAUAUUAAUGGGUUUUACGCUGAUUUUUGGACCGCUCGUCUUUUGUGGCAUACAAAAAACCAAAUAUUUGCAAAUAUUGACGGCAAUUUGUCGCUGGUUGGCCUUUGCACUGAUGAUUUGCAUAACAAUUAAAAUGCUGGCGACGGAUGGAAAACGCGGUCAUCCAAAUGCCGCAAAUAUUUAUGCAAUUCCUGCAUUAUUCGGGGCCUGCGUUUAUUCCUUUAUGUGUCAUCAUUCGCUGCCCGGUUUAUUGGCCCCGUUGCGCUCCAAAUGCUCCGUAUCGAGCAUAUUAUCCAUCGAUUAUAUAGUCAUUUGUGCAUUUUAUUUAAUCUUGGCAUUAACUGGCAUUUUUGCCUUUGAGCACGUUCAGGAUUUGUACACCUUAAAUUUCUUACCGGAUCAGUUCGAUGACGAUGGCUGGUUAUCGCAGCUGCUCAUUGUUAUCGAUUACUUUUUAUCGCUAUUUCCAGUAUUUACCUUGUCCACCAGUUAUCCUUUGAUUGCGAUAACACUUAAGAAUAAUUUGCAAACCUUAUUUUUGGACAUGUCUCGCUUGGAAUCUUAUAAUUCUUUUGUUUGCUUUUUAUUGCCGCUUUUAGCCAUUUUACCGCCGUUUUGUGUGGCUUUUUUCACCGAAAAUUUAUCGAAUUUGGUUGCGUUUACGGGCAGUUAUGCUGGCGUUGGGAUUCAGUAUGUAAUUCCCGUAUUUUUGGUUUAUUACUCGAGACGUACGUGCUCCGAAUUAUUGGGUAGCGGUAUUCCCAAUCAUUUUCGCAGCUCAUUUCGCUCCAAUUUUUGGCUGGUUUUGGUUUUAAGCUGGUCGGGUUUAUCUAUGCUUUUAGUUACCAUUAAUUUGUGCACUUGAACCAGUGAUAAAGGAUUUUUAAACAUGGGCUGUGAAAUUCCGGAUUAUAAAUUACAUUUCAAAUAAAAACGUACAAUAUUUAAUCAAA